UGCAGCAGAUCGCAGUAUCUGGACACCCUCAGCUGCACGGACCCCCCGUGGACUGAACCGAACCGAGACGAACUAGGCCGAACCAAGGAGUAGGAGUCCAUCCCGAUCCUAGCCGAGCUGAGCCGAGCUCCUCUGAGUUCAUCCUGGAGUCAGUUUGAUCAGCGGGGAGUCUGCAGCUGUCUGCCCGUAUGUAUGGAGGCUCCGGGCGCCCCGAGGCAGAGGAUCGUCCCGCUGCUGGUUCUGGUGCUCUUCUACUGCUCCGUCGCUCCUGGACACACCGAGACGGUGUGUCACUGCAGUGGGAAGUCGUUGUGUCACUGUGACGGGGUCAAAGGUCAAAAGGGAGAAAAAGGUUUCCCUGGACCACUAGGACUUCCUGGAAUGAUAGGUUACCCUGGGAACGAGGGUCACCAGGGUUCACCAGGAGAGAAGGGUGAUCUGGGACCCGCAGGAAGUCUAGGACUGAAAGGCUCUCGGGGUCUUCCAGGGAAACCAGGUUUCCCAGGACCUCCAGGACUGCCGGGACUUCCUGGACAUGAAGGACCAAUUGGCCGACCAGGAUUCCCAGGGUGCAAUGGGACAAAGGGGGAUGUUGGGUACCGAGGAUUCCCUGGGGUUGUAGGGCCUCCUGGCUUUCCAGGUCAGCCAGGACCACGAGGUCCAAAGGGAGACUCGUUCGUCUACCCCGAACCUCAGGAUAUUAAAGGACAAACGGGACCACAAGGACCAACCGGACCAAAGGGGCGGAGUGGUUAUCCAGGUGAACAAGGCCUGUUAGGACCACCAGGACCCGCUGGACUUCCUGGAAGUCAAGGGUUGCCAGGGUUAAAGGGAGAGAAGGGUCAGGAGGGUCUCAGUCCAGUGAUCCCAGGUCCCCAAGGACUGAAGGGGGAUCGGGGACCUCCAGGGAUUCCCGGACAGAAAGGAAUCAAACUGUAUGCUGAAGGAUCCAAAGAACUGAAGGGAGAACCAGGUGAAGUUGGUGAGAAAGGCUGUCAAGGACUUCCUGGUGAGCCGGGGAAACCAGGGGUGAAAGGACAAAGGGGUGAGCGAGGUGACCCUGGCUCACUGGGCAAACCGGGAAAGGAUGGACUCAACGGAGAGCUCGGAGAUCAGGGAGUCCCAGGGGAUCGUGGGUACCUCGGGCCUCCGGGUAUCGAGGGAGCCAAGGGGGAGAAAGGUGAACGUGGUCCUCCAGGUCUCCCAGGAGAGAUGAUCUGGAAUCACAGAUUCCUGAAGGGCCAGGUUGGUGUCCCCGGGCCCCGCGGACCCCCAGGAGCCAUGGGAGAACAAGGACUCAUUGGUUUUCCUGGACUGAAGGGCGAGCCAGGUGUGGCUCCUACUGGGCCACCAGGGCCCCAAGGGCCACCUGGUGAGACAGGACUCAAAGGAGAAUCGGGAGAGCCAGGGCCCCUCAUCAUAGGACCCCCGGGAAAUACUGGAGUCCCAGGAGGUCGUGGAGCUCUAGGAGAGCCAGGAGAACCAGGAAUACCAGAUUUCCUGGAGGGAGGUGUCGGUCCUCCAGGAGCUAAAGGUCUAAAAGGCCUGAUGGGACUUCCUGGAAUCAGAGGGCAGGAGGGAGAGACGGGUGAGAAGGGUGAGAUGUGCUUGGUCUGUACUGUUGUUUCCGGCUCCCCUGGACCUCCAGGUAAACCAGGAGAGCCAGGUGAAAAAGGGUCGACAGGUUCAGACGGUUUUCCAGGACUCACAGGUUACAGAGGGGUCAAAGGCAUUGGAGGACCACCUGGUCCACAGGGCCCUUUUGGUAUCCCCGGAGUCCCAGGGCCCCCAGGACCUGUUGGUGACCCAGGUAUCAUGCAGAGAGUGGGUCAGAAGGGUGAGGAAGGGUCUCUUGGGGGCCCAGGACCAACAGGUCUCGAGGGGAUAGAUGGCCCUCAAGGAUUACCAGGACCAAAAGGUGUUCUGGGAGCAAAGGGAAACCCUGGGCCUCUGGGACCGAAAGGUGACAGGGGCCCACUCGGGCAGACCGGUCCAAGUGGACUGGUAGGACAGAGGGGACCUCCAGGACCUCUUGGUAUUGGUGGUCCAGGAGUUCCAGGACCUAAGGGCAACAUGGGAGUCCUGGGAGAGCAAGGAACUCCAGGAAAACCAGGUGAAAAAGGUUCUCCAGGCGAAGUCAAAAUAUCUCCUGGAGAUCCAGGACAGAAAGGAGAGAGAGGUUUAUCUGGAAAUCCCGGACCUGACGGUGUGACAGGGCCUCCAGGAUUUCCAGGAUCUGUUGGUCCAAAGGGAGAAAAAGGAGAUAAAGGAUUUUCUGUACAGGGGCCCCCAGGCUUCCCAGGGGUGAAAGGAGUGAAAGGCCUUCCAGGAGCUCCAGGUUUAUCCAGUUUUGGUAUCAAGGGACGAGCCGGGCCAUCAGGCCCACCAGGGAUGCCGGGCCCAAAGGGGGACAGCGGUUUAGGUCUUCCAGGUCAGCAGGGUCACUCAGGCCCUCCAGGAGAAGAGGGCCCUGUGGGGCCCCAAGGAAACCCUGGACCCCAAGGAGCAGAUGGAGUUCUGGGACCUCCAGGACAAGAUGGACCACAAGGACCCGAUGGUUGUAGGGGUCUGGAUGGUGUACCUGGUCCAGUCGGCGCUGUUGGACUCUGUUUAGAGGGGCGUCCUGGACCUGAAGGAGAGGAAGGACAGAUAGGUGUCAUUGGAUUCACAGGGCCACGGGGCUCAAAGGGGUUGCAGGGUGACUCUGGGCUGCCAGGUGUGGGAACUCCAGGCCCUCAGGGACCAUAUGGGACCCCGGGGUUUCAUGGACCACAAGGGCCAGUGGGAGGUGUUGGACUAAAGGGCCUGAGAGGGAACAAUGGGGAACCAGGAAGCCCAGGUAUCAGAGGGGACAUGGGUCCUCCAGGACCUCUUGGGCAACCAGGUGAUGAUGGAAAACCGGGAGAGACAGGACGACCAGGACCAAAAGGUGAGAUGGGAGUAGAUGGGGUCAGGGGUUCUCAGGGGCCUCCUGGGCCUCAGGGGGACCGAGGUGAUACUGGACCCAGAGGAAUCGAUACUUAUGUUGAGAUGAAUGGAGAUCCUGGAGACCCUGGAGACCCUGGGCCCAUAGGUUUCACUGGUAUUAAAGGAGAGACAGGCCUCCCAGGACCUCAGGGAUGUGAUGGCAACAAAGGUAUACCUGGAAGCAUUGGGCCAAAAGGACCUCCUGGAAACCCCGGCCAAGAUGGGCAGAAAGGCCCUCCUGGUUCCUCUGGGCCCCCUGGUAUCCCAGGAGAGAUCGGGAGGCCAGGUUGUAAAGGUGAGAAAGGAUAUCCAGGCCCCUCUGGGAAACCAGGUUUGGACGGAAAUCCAGGAUUAGAAGGGCCUAAAGGUCCUAAAGGAGAACAGAGUCCACCUGGACCGGGAUCUAAAGGAUGUCCAGGAGAGAAGGGGGAUCCAGGAUGUCCAGGAUCUUCAGGUUCAAAAGGAAAACCAGGAGAGUUAGGGAACUUUGGUCCUCCAGGAAACUGUGGCCCCUGUGGCCCCAAAGGACACUGUGGGCCCCCAGGAGACAGAGGUCCUCCUGGAUGUCCUGGUGAAAAGGGUUAUGAUGGUCCUCCAGGGGAAAAUGGCCCUCCUGGACCCCCUGGUUUCCCAGGUAGCAAGGGGGCACCUGGAGAUCCUGGUCCAGCUGGUCCCAGAGGAAAUCAGGGACAAGAUGGAAUACCUGGACCUCCUGGAGAGAAAGGGGCCAUGGGAGUUCCUGGAAUCGGACCUCGGGGCCCAGAGGGGAAAAAAGGCCAACCUGGGUGUCCUGGAGAGAAGGGUCCUCCUGGUCCCUGUGGCCCUCCUGGUAACUGUGGUGCUGGAGGAAACCCAGGUCUUCCCGGUCCUCAGGGACCCCUUGGUCCUCCUGGUUGUCCUGGCCUGAAGGGAGUUUGCAUUGAAGGAUUCAAAGGAGAAACCGGAUUGCCUGGAAGUAAAGGACCAAACGGUCCCCCUGGUUGUAAAGGUCCUCCUGGUCCUCCAGGCCCUGGUAAUAAAGGAGACAAAGGAUAUAAAGGAGCACCAGGUAACUCAGGACCACUUGGCUGCCCUGGCGACCCUGGUGCACAAGGAAAACCGGGUGAAUGUGGACUGCGGGGCCCACGUGGACACAAAGGCCUGAGGGGAAAAAUUGGUGAAGAAGGACCUGUCGGUUUGAGUGGGGAAAACGGACCACAAGGUAGGGCCGGCUUACGAGGACAACCAGGACCACCCGGGAAGAGAGGACCACAGGGGAGGGAUGCAGUCACGGAGGUGAGGCUGAAUCCAGGAGAUAGAGGCUAUGAUGGGGUUAAGGGACCCCCAGGAGAAAGAGGACCCCCAGGGGCCCCUGGGAAACCUGGAUGUCAAGGUUCUAAAGGCCAAAGAGGACAGGAUGGUGAAAAAGGACUAAGAGGUCGUCCUGGAUUGAAAGGGGAGCAGGGAGAACGAGGGGUCCCUGGACAAAAAGGUAUUGCAGGUCUACCUGGUCCGGUCGGUGCCAAAGGCAGACCAGGUCCGACAGGUCCCUGCGUGGAUGCACCAGAGGAGAAUGGCUUCCUGUUCACCAGACACAGUCAGAACCUCUUUGUCCCACGGUGUCCUGAAGGAUCCAGUGAGGUGUACUCCGGAUACUCGCUGCUGUUCAUCAACGGAAACAACCGAGCUCAUGGACAAGACCUCGGUACUUUAGGUAGUUGUCUCCCUCUUUUUACCACCAUGCCCUUCCUGUUCUGCAACACUGACAGCACCUGCCGCUACGCCUCACGCAACGACUACUCCUUUUGGCUGUCCACUAACGAGACACUGCCAGAUGACGUCCCUUUCAUCUCUGACAAUUUACUGGAGAGUUACAUCAGCCGGUGUACAGUAUGUGAGGCCAGAGCCAACGUGAUCGCCAUCCACAGUCAGACCAGAGUCACUCCUGACUGUCCGGACGGGUGGGACGGUCUCUGGUCCGGAUACUCCUUCGUGAUGGAAACAGCAGUCGGGGCAGAGGGGUCGGGUCAGCCUCUAGCUUCACCUGGAUCGUGUCUGGAGUACUUCAGGAAGAUUCCCUUCAUCGAGUGUCACGGCAGAGGAACCUGCAACUACUUCACCGACUCCUACAGCUACUGGCUGGCUGCUCUCGACCCCAACAACAUGUUCAGUAAACCGGAGCCUCAGAGUUUUAGAGAGCCUACAGACGAACUGAUCAGCCACUGUACAGUCUGUAUGAAGAGGCUGUGAACAGCAGCAGUUCUGCUGCUCGUUCUAAUUCUACUGUAAAACACUUCUGCUGCUAACACUACUGAUAUUAAUACUACUGAUCGCAGCCCUGCUUCUGCUCCUGUGUACUCACACCAGCAGUGAGAUGAAUAGUGAUAUGCUGAAGUUAGCCACGUGUUUUGCCAACAAAACACGUGGCUGUUGUUGCUGAAUUCAUCUAGAGCUGACCCCGGAUCAGAAACUGAAUCGGUCUCAUGUUUAAUCAGUUUGUAAAGUGAGUUUCCUCCCGUCUUUAGCUUCAGCUCACCGUUAGCGGAGCACACAACAGAAUUAUUUUUGCUGCGUUCGCACAAUGUCUGCAGCCUGGGAAGAACAGCCAUUAUUCAGACGUGGGAGUGUCCUUGUGCUCUGUAAUUGGAUGUUUGUUAGUGAAAUGCACCUUGGGAGUUGUAGUUGUCCACGGGCUCUUGUAACUUUGACCUUUUAUGAAAGAAGCAGAUAUUUUGUGGUACAGUUGUUGAUCUUUUGUUCUGAUAACUGAAGCAGGAGAGUUUCACGUCCAUCACAAACACUGAAUAUGAGAAAUGUGAUGCUGACGGUUACAGGAGGAACCACGAUUGUCUCAACAUUCUGAUCAACUGUUUGACUCCUAAUCAAUGAUCAAUAGAUCAUAAGUUAACUCCUUUGGUCAGUGUUGUUUUGUAUCAGGACAACUGGGAGUGUGUUACAUUCAGUCACUGCUGGUGUGGGUGCACAGUUGCUGCUACUUUUACUACUGCAAAUACUUGUGUAACUGUUACUACUGCUGUUGAUGCUACUGCUGAUGCCACUGACGGACAAAGUACUUAAAUCAAAGUCGCAGUGAUAAACGUACUUUUACUUCUGCUUUAAAAUACACUGAAAACAAUAUAAGUAACAAAGUACCAGCAGUAAAAAGUAAAAGUACUCAUCUGAAGAUGUGUUCGUUUCUAAAUUAGUGUUGAAAUAUUUCAGGGUGGAGGUCAGACUGAACUGCAGCCAGCACCAGAGUCAGUACUACACUGCCCAUAAAGUUGGAAUAAAAUAUAUUUUACCUCUUCUCACGAAAUGAUUGUGACAUUGUGAUUUAUUCGUGAUAAAGUGUAUAUCUUCUCAAAACUUUAUUGAUCAAUCUCUUCCAGUGAGAUCACUGAUGUGUAUAAAUAAUCAAAAGAGGAAUGUGUCUGAAAACAAAAUGAUUCCAACUUUAUGGGCGGCAGUGUAUGUGUGCUACCCUUGUGAUUAUACUACCGCUAUAACACAGUGGUACUUAACCUGAGGUUUUUUUUUUUCAGUUAAACACUAAUAUUUUGAUAUUUAACAAAACUCUCAAUAUAAAUCAAAACCAGAAAGUGAUCACAAGUACUGUGACUACUUUUUCUUUUGGGUGGGGGCUUUUUUAUGCCUUUAUUACAAUACAAUACAGUAGAAGAGAGACAGGAGAUGGGGAGAGAGAGAGAGAGAGAAAGAAGGGAAUGACACACAGUAAAGGGCUGGUGGGUGGAGCUGCACCCGGGCCACUGUAGGGAGGACUGUAGCCUCAGCUCAUGGGUCGCCUGCUAUACCGAGUGAGCUAUACGACACCCCACACUGUGAGUACCUCUACUGUAAGUACAGCUAUGGCUGCUACUACUGCAAGUAUUGCUAUUGCUAAUACUACAGUAGGUGCUAUUACUCCAACUAAUUCUAACCUCAAAGUGCUACUACUGCUCCUUCUGAUGCUUCUGCUACUGUAAGUACCACUAGUGGGUACAACCUCUAAUUACUUCUACUGUAAUACUACUUCUCUUAACUACUGUCACCACCGUACCACUAGUAUUAUUAUUAGUAUCACUGGAGCUGUAGUACCAUCUUCUGCCAAAAGAGGGCAGAUUUGAGACACCAGAGAUGAAGAAGAUCCCAACCAAUCAGCAACCUGCUCAGCUGCAGUUCCUCUAUCAGCCACCUGGUGGAGCUCUGAGAAAACUUGAAGCUAAUGAGAAAAACCCAGAAUUACAAGAUUAACAGAUUUUUAUUUUCUGCACAGCAACAGAAUCUGAAGCUCUCUGAUUGGAUGGUUCUCAGAGCAGUGCAUUCUGGGACUUGUUGUCUUCUGUCAUAAAGUUCUGCUGGCCUCAGUCUGUGACCUUGGACUGAUUGGUUCUAUAUCAAACAAUAAUGUAAUACAGAGUAUAAACGUACGAAGAAGCACCGGGAAAUGAUUAAAAGUGUUUCCCGACAGAGUCUGAUCAAAUUAAAGAUUUUUUGACACUUUAUUGUUUUCAGAUGUACAUACUCUUCUGAAAUAGUGAUACACUGGGAUGAUCUCUAUUUGUUUUGUCAAUAUGAUUCUUGUUGAGUUUAAUAAAAAUGUGUUUUACAGAAGUCA